GGUGCUGCUGAACCACCUGUGCUCUCUGAGUCUCAGAAAUGCGUUCUCAUUUAUGCAUUUGACUUUUUUUCUUUUUUGUUUCUCAUUUUAGCAGGAUAUAUUGUGCUGUGAGAUGAGAGAGGCAAAUGGGUUGGGCACACCUUUUUUUAACAUAGAAAAAGCAUUUAAAGAAAGCAAAGGUCAAACUUUUUAUGAUCCAUGGAAUCGAAUUUCAAGAAUUUUAUUUUGCAGGAUCAUAUACAUAGCAGGAAAAAAAAAAAAAAAGAGAGGGUGAGGUGGGGGAGGGGGCAUAUAGUAAAAGUAUAGAGAUACAGGUGCAGCAGCAGCAGGCAAGGAGCUAUGAAUUGAAGGUGGUGGUGGCUGGUGGGUUGCUCAUCCAACACUAACCAAAGCUCACAUGACUAAACCCCAUUUUCAUAAUUUACAUCUCCCAUUCCAUCCUUUUCUAUUAAACCCUAAAAGGGACCAAGAAAAUACACACUGUUUAUCUUUGCGUCACUUGUUUCAUCUUUUUAUUGCUUCAUUGACAUUGUAGUCUUCUUCUUUUUUACUUUCUCAACUAAACUCAUUUAAUUCUCUUCAUUCAAUGCUUGAAUUAAAGACCCUCUUUCUUUCCCUGCAAAAAUUAGGUGAAAAUUCGUAGAGGAAAGAGAAAUAGGAAAAACAAAGAAUAAGAUGAGAGUUAAUUUUGGGCUUUGCUACACCAAGUAAUGGUUAGGACUCUUUUCUUUUUUCUUUUUCUUUUUUUAAGGAAAAAAAAGGCUUUAAGAGGUUUCAACGACCUCUCAGCGCAUUUAUGGUGGUGCAUCUGAUAGUUAGACACUAAAGAGAAAGAAAUUAAAAAGAAAGGGAAAACAAGAGAUUUGAUGGUGCAAUUCAAAGGAACAGUCUGUCCUUAAUAAUUGCCUUUCUUUAUAAUUUCACCUAUAAAUCCUCUUUCUAUACUCCAUUUUUGCACAAUCACCUUCUUCUUCUUCUUCUUCUUCUUCAUUUUUUUCUCUGUUUUUCAGAUCUUUAAUCCUCCUUUUUUUUUUCUUGAUGAAGCAGCUUUCAUGUACGUAAAAAAUAAAAAAAACAAAGCAGAACCUUCAUUUCUUUUACGUAAAACUAUCUCUUUCAGUGCUUCGUGUUUCCACAUUUCUUUUUGAAAAAAACCCAUAUUUUAGGUAAGUUAUUGUUUUCAACUUUUCUUAGAACCAUUUUUUUUCUAGAGAAAAUUUGAGGUAGGAGCGAGUUGUUUUGUUGUAGUUAAGAGGUAUAUGGAUAUAUCGACUGCAUUGCUCCUUUUGGCGGCUAUCACAGCUUACCUGCUGUGGUUCACGUUCAUCUCACGGUCGUUACGAGGUCCACGUGUCUGGCCUCUAUUGGGCAGCCUUCCGGGCUUAAUCGAGAACUGUGACCGCAUGCAUGACUGGAUCUCCGACAACCUCCGCGCUUGCGGCGGUACGUACCAGACCUGCAUUUGUGCCAUCCCCUUCUUGGCUCGAAAACAAGGUCUCGUGACGGUCACGUGCGAUCCCAGGAAUUUGGAGCACAUCCUCAAGUCUCGUUUCGACAAUUAUCCCAAAGGUCCCACGUGGCAAGCCGUGUUCCAUGAUCUUCUCGGUCAAGGCAUCUUCAACUCCGACGGUGACACGUGGCUCUUCCAAAGGAGGACCGCCGCGCUGGAAUUCACCACCAGGACUCUCCGCCAAGCCAUGGCUCGUUGGGUUAGUCGAGCCAUCAAUCUACGCUUCUGCCCCAUUCUUGAGAAAGCUCAAAGCCAAGGCCAGCCGGUUGAUCUACAAGACGUAUUGCUUAGGCUCACCUUUGAUAACAUUUGCGGCUUAGCUUUUGGUAAAGAUCCACAAACAUGCGCCCAAGGUUUACCCGAAAACGGCUUCGCUUCAGCUUUCGACCGAGCCACCGAGGCCUCUCUUCAAAGGUUUAUUUUGCCAGAGGUUUUGUGGAAGCUAAAGAGAUGGCUCCGGCUUGGCUUAGAAGUGAGUCUGAGCCGAAGCUUAGACCACAUGGAUGAAUAUCUAUCCAACGUCAUCAAUACACGUAAGCAAGAAUUACUGAGUCAGCAAAAAGAUGGGAACCCACACGACGAUUUGCUGUCGAGAUUCAUGAAGAAAAAGGAAUCCUACUCGGACGAGUUUCUCCAACACGUGGCACUCAAUUUCAUCCUAGCUGGACGUGACACAUCAGCGGUUGCUCUCAGCUGGUUCUUUUGGCUCAUCUCUCAACAUCCAACAGUUGAAGACAACAUCCUAAGGGAAAUCUGCACCGUCUUAAUCGAGACACGUGGCAUUGACACGUCAACGUGGCUUGACGAGCCCUUAGGGUUCGAAGAACUUGACCGACUGAUAUAUUUGAAGGCAGCAUUAUCAGAAACCCUAAGGCUAUUCCCUUCGGUGCCGGAGGAUUCAAAGCACGUGGUGGCCGAUGACGUGCUGCCGGAUGGGACUUUUGUUCCGGCGGGGUCGUCGGUGACGUAUUCAAUAUAUUCAGUAGGGAGAAUGAGGUCAACAUGGGGUGACGAUUGCCUCGAGUUUCGUCCUCAAAGGUGGUUGUCAGCGGACGGAAAGGAAUUUAUAAAGCAUGACUCUUAUAAAUUCGUGGCGUUCAAUGCAGGGCCAAGAAUAUGUUUAGGGAAAGGUUUGGCUUAUCUACAAAUGAAGUCAGUGGCGGCUGCGGCACUGCUGAGACAUAAGCUGACGUUGGUGGCUGGCCAUAAGGUGGAGCAGAAAAUGUCACUGACGUUGUUUAUGAAAUAUGGGCUUAAAGUUAACGUGCAUGGAAGAGAUUUGGGGGCAAUUGUUGAAAAGAUUAUGAGUGAAGAGAAAACGCAAGGUAAAUUGUGAAUUUUAGUGCAAAUAUUUAAGGCAUGGUGAUGAGACUGAUGAUCAGAUGGAGCGGGGGCCACUCAGAGUUGCAUUCUUCACGGAUAUUGAACAAGCAAGGAAGUUGGGUACAUAAAUCAUGGAAGAUCCUUUUAUAAGAUAGAAAGGAAGGAGAGGUAUUUUUAAUUUACAAUUUAAUAUAUAUAUAUAUAUGUAUACUUCUUUGCUUUUCUUGUAGGGAAUCUUUUGAAUUUAUUUUAUAAAAUUGUUUCAUAAAUCUUCUUGUUUGCUUGUAAUGGAAUUGGACGUGACAUGAAUUCAAUCAUUCAAUGAAUUAAGUUAAUUUACUUUGAAUA